CCGACUCCGAACUUUCAUCUUGCCCAACGCUCGCCACCGCUACGCCGACGCACACACGAUGGCCGGCGACCACAAGUGUCCAGUAUGCCAGGCGACCUUCACAAGACCGCAGCACGUCGCCCGCCACAUGCGUUCUCAUACCGGUGAUCGCCCAUACAAAUGCCAGCACUGUGGAGAUCAGUUUGCUCGCAGCGAUUUGCUUUCCCGCCAUGUGAACAAGUGUCAUGCAGGCGACAAACCUCCGACGACAACUGCUCCUACCCGACGAAAGGGCUCUGCGUCGUCAACCCGCGCAACGACAUCAAAGCAGGCUUGCGACCAAUGCGUUAUCUCAACUCUCCCCUGUGACGGCGCUAAUCCGUGUUCAAAAUGCAUACAGCGCAAGGGCCCCUGUACGUAUGUCAAGUUCCAGCGACAGACAGCACCGUCUGGUCCUGGACACAGACAUAGUCACUCUCUCGACUCCACGUCAUCUAUCUCUGCUCUAGCAGGAUCUGUCCCGCGCCCUGACGAACUAUUUUUGGGACCACCCCCUAUGACCGUGCCCUCGAUGGGCGGGACUGGUGAGCUGUUCUAUCCAGCUCAAUUUGCGUUCAAUGCGCCGCAAGGUGCGCCGGCUUGGGACAGCGAUUCUAACAUGCCAGCGCUCAGCUUUUCUGGUACAGACUCUGGCGGAGAUUCUUCAUCCUCGGAGACUUCGCGCAUUCGUGGUGUCGAAAUGUUGCGUGCUAACGCACUCGCUCAGGCGGGUUAUCAGCCAGGUGUAGGUGGAUCCGGGUUUUCAGCAAAUCCGAAUGCAUAUUAUGGACUUCAGCAACAACAGCAGCAGCAGAAUCAAGCUGUAGGGCCAAAUGAUGCUUGGCAAUUCUCGACAGAUUUUAGGAUGCCCAUGCAGAGAAAGAUGGACGAUGGCUUCGCACAGUAUCUCCCAGCUGGUGCAUCUUCUCAGUUAGGUGGCCCAUCUGCAAUGAUGAAUCCGACAAACCUCGACUUCAACAACGCUAAUACCAACGGAAGCGGAGGGCCGUAUGGUUUACACGGCCGACGAGGCUCUAUCGACGCAUACAGUGAUGGUAGUGGUUUAUCGGCUCCGAACUCGGCUGCCUCAUCAAGCGUGCAUCUCCCACUCGAUUUCAACUCGACAGAUCUUCCUCCAGGUGGUCAGCAAAUUCAGCCACUCAGCACGCUUUAUCAGUUUGAUGAGAACCAGCAUCCUCCUCCCUCGCGCGAGGGCAGGGUGGCAUCUUCGUUCGGAUUGAUGACCCUUGCUGAUGGCGAUCAGCCAUUCAUCGGUGAUUUCAACAAUGCUAACAAUAACAUUAAUGCGGACGGAACGGCGCCGUUCUUCUCUCAACACGCGAUGAAACUUCCUCCGCAGGAUUCAACGCCGAGGCCAUUCCGGAAUGAUGAUAACCGGGCUGGCCAAUCGCUAAAUAGCCCUCGCGAUCGUGAGGCAGAAAUGCGUGAGCUUCGAGACUUUUGGAAGCAGUACCUGCGCACACCGCUUACGGGUCCGUCGCUCGGACAAACACCAAAGGCCGAGUUGCUCAACAACCAGUUCGGCUCGUUCGGUGAUGCGGCGCGUCCGACGCCGAAGCGUGGGCUAUCACGUGUUGCGUCGCUACCUUCCGUCCGAACGCCACCAGAAGAGAAAGGGUCCGUGUUACCUUCGCGCGUUACGAAUUCGCACAGUCAAAGUCACGCGCAGCUUCCGGCUGUUCAGACCGCGGACGAUCUCAAGAGUUACGAACAGGCGGUUUUGGCUCGCAAGCCUUUGAACUUAACAUUUGUUCCUCGGAAGGGCCGUCAUUCAAUAUCGUCGUCAGCUAGCCCCCAGCCUAUUCCCGAGCAACAGCAGCAGCUGAUGCAGGCGCAAAUGGCUGCUGCAGGACAGAAUGCCACUUCGAACAUGUUCGCUCGACCUGGUCCGCUUGCUGCGUUUAAUAGCACAGACGGUGGAAACUCGAGUGACGACAAUCCGAUCUCGGAUAAUGCCUCUGUGCAGCGGCCAAACUUUAAGCGACUAGCGUCGCAGACUCUUGAAAAUGCAACACAGAAGCGAACAAUGUUCCGUUGGGGCGAAUCUGAGGAUGCUCUUGACGAUAGUGAAUCAGACAUGGAUGUCCCGAGUGACAUAGGAUCUCCGCCGAACCGGUUUGAUACAGUGAAUUCCGAGAUGCGUACAAGCAGCAUGAGUCCGACUAGUUACCAUCGUGGGAUGCAGCUUGCACAUGCGGGAGUGACUGGAUCAGGUGCAGACGCGUUGCUUGACAGGUUCCGGCGGCAAAGUGCACCAACUGGGAUGCGGCCUCUUAUGAACGGGAUGGACACUGGCAAUGGUAACGUACAUGAGAACAGUCCUAGCCCCCUACAGGCCUCACAUACUCAAUCAACUGUCAACAUGUCAAUGAACGCGCCACAACCUGGGUUGCCUGGCAUCGAUAGCAGCGCUCUCGUCCCAUCCUAAUGCAGCAUCAUGUUGAAUGAUGGCAUCGGUGCUCUUAUUCGUGCUCUCGUUUUCUUGGUUUCCAUCGUCCCGUGUCGCCUGCCAACUGUAUCCAUUGAAGACCAGUUCGUUUGUCCUGUUUCAUUUGCCAUGAAGUGCUUCUUCGUAUGCUUCUUUAGUUUACACACCUUCAUCGCUUUUCUUUUGUCUUUACGUGCUCUCGCCCAUUUUUUCGGACUCGUUGGACUUUGAUGUACGUUAUUGAUGUUUGUCCGCCGAUGGCGUCGUAUUUUAAUAGGAGAAGGGUCUGAUGGACUCGGAUCUCCUGUUUUUUUUUCCUCAAAUUUCUGUCCGUCGGCUUUGUGUCUAUGAAACUAACCUUUCCUCUUUACAUUUAUUUUACCAGCUUCUGCUCGAUGUUGCUCUUGCGUUUUCUCCUUCCUACCAUACCCUAGGCCUUUUACUCUUGAUGAGUUGAAUACCUGGAGACAUGCUGGAUCGUAAACGUUUGCGCCUUCUGUUUCUUUUUUUUCGUUGCGUUUAUUCUUUACUUUUUCUGUUCCUUUUGUCGCUUUGUCCCAUUUCUUCGCCUCAAGUUUGCAGACCAUUGAAGAUAAGAACCUAACGAAGACCAUGUACUGGUCAUACCAGCUGAAGUGAAAAGUGUAUUAUUUCUGUUCAUUGUCUGCUUUUACGCUCCUCUUACCCUCAUAUCCAACGAUUGAUAUCUUGGAGAAUCAGGACCUCAUUUAGUGUAGUGUGUAAUAGUAAUGAUACCUCGAUGGUUUCCCCACAGAUAUCACUGCAAACUGCAUUGCGGGAGUUCACGCUAUCCGACACAGAACGUGUUUCCACCACUGAUAAGCUGCUACAGUCAUGAUCUAGUCCAUCUUUGCAUCUUAC